AUGCUUAAACACCACCUGAAAGACCCAUAUUUUGUUUUGUUUUCUUUUUUGAGAUGGAGUCUUGCUCUGUCGCUCAGGCUGGAGUGCAGUGGCACGAUCUCUGCUCACUGCAACCUCCACCUCCUGGGUUCAAGCGAUUCUCCUGCCUCAGCCUCCCGAGUAGCUGGGACUACAGGCGCACACCACCACGCCUGGCUAUUUUUUGUAUUUUUAGUACAGACGGGGCCAGGCUGGUCACAAACUCCUGACCUCAGGCGAUCCACCCACCUCAGCCUCCCAAAGUGCUGGGAUUAUAGGCGUGAGCCACCACGCCUUGCCACCAAACCCCUAUUAACUUCAGUAGGGAUGGCACCAGGUUCGAGAGGCCAAAAGAGAUCCAGAACCAGCAAACAAGACUUAGGGUUGAUUGAGGGGAAUUUGCAUACAGAGCAGUCCAGUGGAGGUGGGCUAGAUAGGAGAACUGCCCCACCUGCAGAAAGUAUGCAGCAUAUAUAGCAUUUUCACUUAACACCCUCCCCCUAACAACUUUGAUUUAACCCAAAACAA